AUGCCUCCUCCUGCAAGUGAGCAGCUUCUCCUGCAGCCCCUGGCAGAGCAGACUGUGUCCCAGUUGGGGAAGUUUCUCAGUGAGAUGCUGGAGGGCAUGGGAGAGAGAACCAGAACCAGCUGGUCCUUGGAACAACCUGCUCUCUCCGUCCAGGGGGAUGCCUGCUGGGGAGGGGUGGGGAUGCCAUGCUGCCAGAUGGGAUCUGAGAUGGUGUUGGGGGUCUCUGCCCCAUCACCCUACCCGGGACACAGUCCAACAUCCAGAGAAAUCCAACACACUGCCAAGGAUCUCAACUCAGUGUGUAACCUCAAGGAACAUUCCUGUGGCAGGGAACUCACAGUGACAGAGGAGGACUCCCAAUCUCCACUUAUUCAGCUCUUGAAGAAGAAGAAAGAAGCCCAAGAGAUGGAAAAGGCUAUGGCAGAGAAAGAUGGAUGGGUGCAGGCCUUCAGGGAGAGGAUGAAAGUCAUUGCUGAGUGGAGGGACCUGCACGCCAAGAGGGCACAGCUGAAAGCCCAUGUGGAGAGAUCUGGAAGGGCUGUAUGGAAACAUGAAGAGUUAUGAAUCCAAGCUCUGAAGAUAAACAGCAAACAGAGAGAGGAGAAGAUGAAAAAGGAUGGUGAGCUUUUGAGAGCCAAGAUGGAACUGGAAACCCUCAGAAAAAAACACCAGAAACUCUGCAAAAAAAUUGAGGACAUCUCAGAAGUCACUUCACAGUUCAAGUUGCUGGUGAGGACACGGAAGGACCUUCUGCAGUCACAACAGGGGCACAAACAACUGACUGGGCAAGACAAGGUGUUCCUGGAGCAGUACAAAGCACAGAAAGAAGCUGAGAUGCUUCAGUACAAAAAUCAUUUCGUGCAGCUCAAACUAUAUUUUUAUCAUGCUCAAAGUGACAUCCCCCUCUGCAUAAGGAAUUGUGGAGUGGGCAGGGGAAGAUCGCCAAGCCUGGCUCUGUCAAGACUGGCUGAUGGCUCAUCCUUCAGAAAUGGGGUCACAGCAGACAUGACCUUUGCCAGGGCAUGUCCCCAUGCUGCAUGUUCUCUCUCCCUCCAGGAGGCUCACUGGGCUGGCAUCCAGGACAGGACCUCCAAGAAAACCAGGAAGCUGUGGACUAUAAAGCUGGUCACCCACAACCUUUUCCAGUCCACCAACACGUGGCUGCAAGCAGAGUGGGAUGUGUUGGAGUGUAACAGCUGCAGACAGCUGAACAUGGUAAAGCCAAGCCAGAAGGAGGAGCAGUGA